GUCGCGAGUCUUCUUCGUCCGCAAACAGAACAGAAACUCAUGUAACCUUCGCACGCAAUCAACACUCCUGCUGGGCCUGCAGGAGCGGAUUUUCGGUUUUGAUAGCCACACAGGAACCGUUGCCAAAUUGUUGCCAUGUACCGCGUGUGUCGAUCCGGAUGGCCGUGCUCGCAAAAUUCCAGUUUCAAGCUGCUGCACGAUUUGGUCCGACGAACAACACUACCAACAGCAGUGAAAUGCGUUCCGAUGGUUCGGAGGUUCAGCGACAACGCGCACACGUUCGAGUCGAUGCUGGCGGGGCGACGAGCGGAGGCGCGGCGCAGCAUUCUGGUGCAGGUCAGCUCGGAACGGUCCUACCCGGAGCUGGCGACCUACUGUGGCCAGUUUGGUACGAUAGCGAGCGCGCACCACUACUGCGUCGGGGGGAGCCAGCAGGGUGACGAGGACUGCCACUACAUCGUGGUGGAGUUUGAUGAGCCAGGGGCGGCGGACGCAGCGAUCGGGUCGGCGGUUUUCAACGAGGAAAAGCCGGGCGUGAGGGCGCGGUCGAUAUUUCUGUGGUUCCGGGCGGGGCCGAAGGCGAAGCUGGCGGAGAAGCAGCCCAAGUUGGGCGCGGUGGAAGGUUCGAGGGGGGUGGACAGUGGCGAGUUGAGGGAGCUGUUGCUUUCGGCGGAGGGCGUUGAGGAUCAGCUGAAGGUUUUACACAGGACGACCUGCUUGAACGAUGUGGGGAAGCGGUUGCGGUUUUUGGCGGUUCGUCAGGUUGAGAGUUCGCUGCAGGGGAUGUUCCCGCAGGCUGUGGCGUUUCCGUUUGGGUCGUCGGUCAACGGAUUUGGGAAGAUGGGCUGUGAUUUGGAUAUCAUUUUGGAUUUGGACUCGGAAGCGAACUUGAAGCAGAGUAAAAGUUCGCGGUUGGUGUUCCACACUAAGGCGGCGAACUCGAAUGAACGGACGCAGGUUCAGCGUCAGUUGGAGUCUAUUGGGGAUGUGUUGCAGUUGUUCCUGCCUGGGGUCAACAGCGUUCGACGAAUUUUGAAGGCGCGAGUUCCCAUCAUCAAGUACCACCACGAGCAUCUGGAUCUGGAAAUUGAUCUUACGAUGAACAACAUGACCGGAGUUCACAUGUCGGAGCUGCUCUACCUGUUUGGCCAAAUCGACCAACGUGUUCAACCGUUGACCUGCUGCGUGCGGCGAUGGGCCCAAGCCGUCGGGUUGACCAACCACGCGCCAGGUUACUGGAUCACCAACUUCUCCCUCACGAUGCUCGUGAUGUACUUCCUGCAGCAACUCCCCGAACCGAUUCUUCCCCCGGUCAACCGACUCUUCGCCAACGCCACCCGAUCAGACCUCCGAAUAUCGGAAGACCAAAUCAGCUGCUCCUUCCUGCGUGACCUGUCCAAACUAGACUUCAAAAGCACCAACGCGACCCCACUCGACGACCUGCUCCUGCAAUUCUUCGAAUUUUACUCCCACUUUGACUUCAACCAGCGCGCCAUCAGCCUCAACAUCGGCGCAUCCAUCCUAAAGCCCGACCACAGCCCACUCUACAUCGUGAACCCGCUCGAGACCGUGCUCAACGUGGCCAAAAACGUCAACCUCGAAGAAACGGAACUGUUCCGCAUCCAGGUGCGGAACGCCCUCUGGCUGCUCGACACACACGACCGCGCCACCACGGCCGCCGGUGACGAGUGGGGCCUCGUAAGCCUGCUCUGGAACAAAUCCACCGUAAAAGAGCGCAUCACGCCGCAAAUGUUCUUCACGAAGCGACUGCUCAACGUGCGCGACAUCUUCGACGAGACGGACGCGAAGGCAACCGCGACGACGGCACCACCAGCGACCACGGAGUACAAAAACCGAACCGUGCAGAACCAGGUGGUGGGAAUUCAGCGGGCGACCCGCGAGCAGAUUGGCAAAAUGGCCAAGCACACGCUAAGUGGAGGGGAGAGCGGGACGACGACGACGAACGGCGGUGGGGUAAAGCUGAAGAGGAAUGCCAAGCGGAGGUGAUAGUGUGUGCUAGUCGGUGUCCAAAUUGUUGGCCUGUGUAGAAUAAUACAAUAUAAAGAAGUUGAACGAGAA